GUCUGCUAUGUUUGAUGCCUAUCAUGUUUUAGGCAACUCCUGGGCAACCCGGUGCAAAUAAUUUCAUAAUACAUAUUAUAAAGUAAAAAACUCCGAAGAAUAUCAACUGAAAAUUAUAAUGUCAUAGUGAAUAAAUAAACAAAUAAAUAAAAUAACAUGUGGAAAAUUUUAAGGAGCAAUGCUCGUGCAGUGACACGUUCGCACUAUGUGCAAAAGCUGAACAGAACAUUUUUAUCAGAAGCUUACAGAUGUACCGAUGCAUGGAACAAGAGACUUGAAUCGCCUAUUCUCAGUAAAAUAAAUCCAGAUGAAUUUUUCAUCGAACUUGACAAAAAAUUUCAAAGCUCCGGCAGAGCGAGUGCGGUUGAUGUUGACAUUUACUCGAAUAUCGUUACAAAUAUUGAUCACGUUGAAGGUCUCCUCAAUAUUCUCACCAAACUAAGGUUAACAUCCGAAGCUUCUAAUAUUUUGGAUUCGACUCAUCAUGCGGUCAUUCGAUACUUAUUUGACAACAACAAUAUCGACGAUCUUCUAACCGUAUUGAACGAUCGCAUCAACUAUGGAAUAUUUCCUGAUUACUUGUGUUACAAUAUUCUCAUGGAUACAUUCAUAAAAAGACAAGAUUAUGCUUCUGCUGCUCGAGUCGCUGUUUUGUUAAUGCUUCAGGAAGAUUCUUCCAAUCCUAUAUCCAAUGCUUUAGCUUUAUAUUCGUGUCUUAAAUAUCUUGAAAACCCAGAGAGUUGGAAGGCUCCAGAACCAGAGCCUGAGGAAGAUCCAAAGGGUGAAGAAAUUAAAGUUCGAGUUCAAUUCAUCAGGAAUCCUUUCUUCGAUGAUCACUUUGACCUAACAGACCCACAAGAUCUUGUAGGGAAAACUCUUGUUUUCUAUGGUAAAGCAAGCAACGAUGUUGUCAGCAGAAGUUGCCAUCUCAGAGGCCUUGUACUAUGGAAAAAGUAUAAAGAUGCUUCCAAUUUGAUAAAACAGUGGACAGACAACAAUCAGAACGAAUGUAUUUAUGAAGAAGUAUUGGCUCAAGUACAACAACACCUUUCACAUAUUCCUGAAGAUAAAAUAACUGAUGAAGUAAAAGAGCUAAAUGAGCUCUUGAAUAAAUUGGAUAGAAGCAACCUCGCAAAAGGUUCCGUGCUUGAAGAAAUAGAAAAAAGAGUACGAGAGGCUGUCAAAACUCAUGAAGAAACUGAUAUAUCGGAGACUUACAAGAUUUAUGACGAUUGGGAAAAGACGAGGAUUUCCUUGCUCCAGGCUCAAAUCGACGAACUUGAUAAAAAAUCAAGGCUGGAAAAGGUUGAUGAAAUGAAGAAAGAGCUACAAUUGCGGGAACGCUUCCUGACUUUCUUCGAAAAUAAGAAAACGAUUGAAUUACAAAUUGAGCAGAAAAUAAUAAUGGAGAACAGGAAGUAUGGUCCCAAAUUACGAGUAGCUGAAGACAUUGACGACAAUUACAUACCUCCCGUAAUAAAAAAAGAGCGAAGAAACUAAUGCUCGUUAAAACUUAAUGAGAAGAUUACAACGUGCGAGUAUCGAUAUACGUAUUGCAAAUUUUAUACAAGCGUUACAUUUCUGUACAUUAUUAGUCUUGUUUUAUGUCAUUCUUUCCUUACAUUCUAAUGACAUUUAUACUUGAUUAACUCGUUGGAAUUUGAUACGACGAGCUGACCCGAUAUAUUAUACAAUUGCGUCAACGCUCAAGUAAUUAUAGUAUCGAUGAGAAUGAUCAUUAGGCUUCGUACGAAAUACCGCAUUUUGAGCGUGAAUUACUGAGACGUCUUAGCCAUUUUGAUAUCGGAAUGUUCCCAAGGCCUAUUCAACCGAAAAGUCAAAUGCGCUCAUGUAAAUAGGAACACCAAUGACGAUUUCUUGCAACGUGCUAUUGUCAAUUGUACGGAACAUUCAUGAGCUUUAUGCUCAAUUUUUCAUUCGUUUUCUUUUGUUUUUUCAUUGCCACAAUCAUCACCUGAAAACACAAAAUUUCAUUUUUAUAACUAUUGUUCACAAAACAAACCGAAAAUAAACUUAUCAUGAUGAUGUAACCUUA